AUGACACGACUUGGCGAACUGGUCGGUCUACCAGCCACCCUCGUCCUCUGCUCCCAGAUGCCAUGGGACGAUCUUCGGCCCGCCCGCGCCGACGCCCCCGAACCCAUCCACGUCUACCUCGACCCCCCGUCGCGACAGGAUACGCUGUCCCUCCUCCUCCCCGGCUCCCAGCACCCGCUCUACCCUCGCUUUCUGGACCUCCUACUCUCCUCAAUGGGCAAUCUAGCAUCCCCUUCGGACCUCGAAUACGUAGCAUCAGCCCUCUGGCCGCUGUACACCGCGACCCUACCACCACACGAGGAGAUGACACUCAUUGCCAUGUUCUCCUCGCUUUAUGCAGAGCACGCUCCACGGCCACCGGAACUCGAGAUCGCUUUUGGAUACGACGCGUACCAGUCCCUCGCUGAGAGUGAGCGGCGGCGAGAUGAGGAGAUGGAGCUCGACGAGCGGUGGGAAGACGAGGUCGAUCACCUCGCCCAUUCUACAAGACUGUGGAGCCUCAUUCCAGAACUCGAGGGACAGGGAUUACUUCGCCGCACGUCGCCGUCCGACCGGCUGGAUAACGUUACUCUCCGCUGCGAGAUCGACUACGACACCGCACGCGAUAUCGCGCGCGACCUGCGCUUCACCCUCGACGACUACCUGUACGAGCUGAAUGUGUGA